AUGCUUCAAGAUCCUGAUCGGGAGGUCAAAACCGAGGAAGAACUGACUGGAGAACCUGCGGCCUGGAGACAUGUCUAUAUGGUAAUUCGCUGCCCCGGUUUGUGUGAGUUAGGGCCAUCCCGUCUAACCGAUCUCGCCUACACGGCGUCCAUUCUCCCAAUGACGCUGGUCGGAUUCUAUGCCUCCUAUCUCCUCGCCUACCUGGCGCCCACGCUGACCAUGCGUCACGUCGGUAUCUGGCUCUGGCAUAUGUUUCCGAUCUGGAUCUCUCUCGGACAAUGUAUCCUUGCGCGCACCGUCACGCCCAACACCCUGGCCAGCGAUCGUCUACAUCGCCCGACGCGCGAUCUCCGCACUAUUCGCAUCACGACGGCUCGUUGA